GUGUGUUUCGCUGACAUUUGACAACAACAUUUUGCUUACUCUCGUAACGAAAGCCGGCAAAUUGGUCGCAGAACGUCAAUGUGAACACAACGUACGCUGCGUUUUAUAGCUUAUAAAUUUGCAAUUAUCUAACAAUCGUACUACAAUAAAGAAAAAAGAAAAAACAAAAACAAAACAAUCAGUGUGCUAGCAUUAAUGCGAGAUAAUGCCAUCUUUAUAAACCAAGUCAACGAUUAGAUUAAAAGACUACCGACUUGUCUGCAGGUCAUCAGUUCCAAGAAGCGCACUUCGAGAUUCUAAAAUUAAACAACUGUAAAAAGCAUGAAAGAAAUACACACUCCAAACUCCGUGAAAUCAAACGUUGCGAGCUGUGAAUGAUUCGAAUAUAAAUACACUACCGCAUAAUACUUACGUGUUGCCUGACCGUUAAAUUGCUGCGCAUUACGUUACGUUACGUUGAACAAUAAAGAUAUGAAGGAAUGGCUAAAAAUCUCCUGCUUGCUUUGCGUAUUUGGUUUUGUACGAGAAAUUCGACCCUCGGAGCCGUACGUAACGGAAUAUCUUCUCGGUCCAUGGCGCAACAUAACGGAGCAACAGCUUAUUCAAGAUGUUUAUCCGGUGGGCACCUAUUCGCAUCUGGUUCAAUUGGUUUUUGUGUUCCUUAUAACUGACUUUUUACGCUAUAAACCGUUGAUAAUUACUAUAGGUGCAGCUGGCGUAAUAAUAUGGAGCAUGCUCAUAUGGACAACCAGCUUGCUAUCAUUGCAAAUAUUGGAGUUUUUCUAUGGCACGUAUAUGGCCGCCGAGGUGGCCUACUAUACGUACAUUUAUGCCAAGGUGGACAAAAAGUAUUAUCCACGUGUCACUUCCCACACGCGUGCAGCGAUGUUCGCUGGUAAGCUGAUCUCAGGGAUAACAUCGCAGCUGAUGAUCAAUCUAGAGCUGAUGAACUAUAGACAACUCAACUACAUAACGCUGGCCACGCAAAUAUUGGCUAUGCUCUGGGCAUUCGGACUGCCAAAAGUUGAUAAGAGUCUUUAUUUUCAUCGCGAGGUCUUAGAGGAGUCGUCGACAGCGCCACCAUCAGCAAACCAGUUGCAGAUGGAGCCCGAUGCUGUUAGCCAACAGAUAAGGAGUCCGCAGGUGGAAUCUGCUCCCAUGCAUCUGCUGUGGCAGCACUUUCACAAUGCCUACACAAAUCCGCGUGUGAUACAGUGGAGUCUCUGGUACGCCAUUGGCUUGGCUGGCUAUCUGCAAGUUACCUACUAUAUGCAGGUGCUUUGGAAGGUUAUCGAGCCCGAGCCGCAGAUUGCCUGGAACGGUGCCGUGGAUGCAGUGCUGACUGCCUUGGCAGCAUUAAGUGCUCUGGCAGCUGGAUACUUGCACAGCGGUCGCUUGAGGCCAAAGACCACUUUACUAGUGUUAUCAGUGCUAUCGGCGCUGGAGGGCGGCAGCGUUCUAAUCUGCUGCUGGACUAACGACAUCUAUUGGUCCUAUGUGGGUUUUGUCAUCUUUGGUGCCCUCUACGGCUUUACCAUCACUGUGGCCAGUGCGGAGGUGGCUCGCAAUCUGCAGGAGGAAAGCUUUGGUCUGGUCUUUGGUAUUAAUACGUUGCUGGCGUUAGUCUUCCAGUCGCUGCUCACCAUUAUUGUCGUCUCCGAGACGGGCUUUGAGCUCAGCCCCGUGGACCAAUAUGCCGUCUAUGCUUUCUAUUUCAUAGCUGUGGCCCUCAUAUACUUUAUCUCCGUCUUGGUUGAGCAUCUAUGGCAACGCGGAUCCAAACAGGUCCACGCAAAAAGUGAAUGUUUAGAAUAGGUCGUUUUGAUCGC